AAGAGAUUUCGCAAUACUCUCCUCUCCAUGUUCCAAACAAACACACUCAGAGACAAACAGAGACGGGAUUAAACUCUCUUUUUUACGCUCAAUCUUUGUACUUUGACGAAUGGUCGACUCCACCGCCGCCCCCUAAAGCUGUGAUUGAAGCCCCGCAUGUUUCCUCCGGAGUUCCCCUUCAAACACAGCCGACGAUGAUGCAACACCAGGCAACAGCUCUGCUUCCACCCGGAGCGCUUUCCGCUGCGCACACCGCUGCAUGGCAACGCGUCGACCAAUCAGAGUGUGCAGCGCGGCUAAUUAACCAGUCAGAGCAGCGUUGAUAAUAAACCGCGGAAUAAUAAUCAACCAAUCAGAGUAAAGACAUGCUCCAUAGAGGUGAACUCCGCCCCACCCCCCCAACAAUUCACUGCACACUGAGGAGUCUCGAACCGCCACACCUGGAGGCAACAAUCCCAAUGAGCCGGCUGUCCCAGGCGAAACCAAACACCCCCAACCAAUCCUCCGGCGUGAGCGUCAUCCAGAGCCAGACCACCCCCCAGUCAUCACUGUUAGCACUGCAGCAGGUGCCCCAGAUCGCCCCCCCCAGCAGGUAAGGCCCCCCAACAGGAGGUAAGGCGCGCCCCCCCGGCAGGAUGAAGAAGCCGUCGGCGGAGAAAGACAGCGACGAGUACCGUCAGCGGCGCGAGCGCAACAACCUGGCGGUGAAGAAGAGUCGCAUGCGCUCCAAGCAGAAGGCGGUGGACACGCAGCAGCGGGUAAACGAGCUGAAGGAGGAGAACGAGCGGCUGGAGGCCAAGAUCAAGCUGCUGAGCAAGGAGCUGAGCGUGCUCAAAGACCUGUUCCUGGAGCACGCCCACAACCUGGCCGACAAUGUGCAGCCCCCGCCCGCCGCCGGCAGCCCCAGCACCGCGGCCAACGGGCAGUGAGUGGGCUGGGGCCAGGAGGACGAUUCAGCCAAUGGGCAGAGAGCAGGGGCUAUAGGGACGAUUUCUGCACAAAACUUUUGGAAUCUUCUUCUUCUUCUGCUGCUUCGGGCUUCUUCUGGUUCUUCUAUGGGACGAUCCAUCAGCGUGACGGAUGAGACUUUGUGAUAGGGCUGUGCAGGGACGUGCUCCUCCUCCACAGCCAAUGGGAUGUUUCCAGGGAUUUUGGAUUGUACGUUUCGCUCCGCUGAAUAUUCUGAGGGAUUAAUCUGAAUUUCUGGGGAAAAUUCUUCUGAUAUUCCAAGAAAUCAAAGUGGGAAAUGUAUAGAAAAGAUGAGAAGUGAUCUGAGAUCAAGAGAAAAUCAUAUUUUUAUUUUACUGUCAAUUUCUGUGUUUUUAUCGUUAAAAAUCAUUCAAAUGUAUCUUCAACAAUCUAAAUUAAUCCCAAACAAUAAUUUCAUUUUUCCUCUAAAUUUGUUUUCUCCAGGAAUUGUCAGGGUUUGAAGACUCAUUCCUGCACCUCUCUACGCUCCUCUGCUUUAUCGAGAUUUAAUAACUCAGUGGGUCAAGAGAAAAACUCUGUAAUUCAGCUUUCAAAAGCAGGAAAGCACUUUAAUUACUAUAUGAAUCCAUUGAUGCCCUGCUUUCAACCCACAAGUUCUUUAUUCUUGUUUAAAACGUAAAAAAGGUUGGAUUAAAAACACAAUUUUACUAUUAUUUAUUGAAAUCAUUCAAAUUUUGAGUGUGAAUCGGUCUGUUUGAUGGAGGAGGUCUGGAGAGGAAUUGGAUCUGUGAAUCCAGUUCGAUGUAAAUUCUUCCAGCUUCUGUUUUUUAGGAUGUGUAUCUCUUCUGUUCUGAGAGUUUUUGUGUGUUCACUACGUGUCGGUGUUUAAAGGGCAGUUCUGUGGUUAUUAAAGAGUCUAUUUAUACUGAAA